AUGGAUGGUCCUCAUCAGAUCGCCGCCCGAGGCUAUGGGAUCAAUGCAACUUAUAUCUACGAAUACUCCCGAGGGUUGAAUGGCGUCAACGUCCCCCGAGAUGUCCUGUUCACCCGUAUCAUCUACUGCAGCGUCAUCGCCGUCGCUCUGAUCGUCUUCUGCGGCCGCAUCGCCCAAAUCAGUCACUCUUACCUCCGUUUCCUCUCGGCCCUGGGCGCCACGCGAAGACAACAGACCUUCUGGAGCCGCGAGGAGUCUCACACAUGGGCGAAUAUCAAGAAACAUGUGCUUUACGCGCCCAUCAGCAGGAAGCGUCACAACCGCGAAAUCCAGCUGUCCACCGCCAUCAACGUCGGCACAUUACCCUCGCGACUCCAAACCAUACUAAUCCUCCUCUACGUAGCCAGCCAAAUCGCCUACUGCGCCAUUCUCGACUACAGUGUCAAUGAGAAACCAGCGUUGGUUGCGGAGCUGCGCGGCCGGUCAGGCACCCUCGCCGUGCUCAACAUGGUGCCUCUCUUUCUCCUGGCUGGCCGCAACAACCCCCUCAUCCCCUUGCUGCGCGUCAGCUUCGACACCUACAACCUCCUGCACCGCUGGCUCGGCCGCAUCGUCGUGAUUGAGAGCGUCGUCCACACUGCCGCCUGGGCCAGCAACGCCAUCGACGAACAAAGCGUCGCCGACAUGGCACGCCGCCUCCGCGACACCCCUUUCUUCACCUGGGGCCUCCUGGGCACCGCCGCCAUGGUCUUCUUGUGCCUCCACUCCCCCUCGCCCAUCCGCCACGCCUUUUACGAGACCUUCCUCCACCUGCACCAGCUCGCCGCCUUCCUCGCCUUCCUCGGCGUCUACAUCCACAUCGACUUGGACAGCCUGCCCCAGAAACCCUGGAUCGCCGCCGCGGGCCUCCUCUGGCUCCUCGACCGCACCGCCCGGCUCUUCCGUCUCAUCCGCCUCAACCUCUCCAUGCGGCGUGGCUCCACGCGUCUUGUCGUCGAGGCGCUCCCCGGCGAAGCUUGCCGCGUGACCUUCCACCUCCCCAACCGCAUCUCCGUCUCCCCGGGCAGCCAUGUCUACGCCUACAUCCCGAGCAUCUCCUGGUGGAUGUCGCACCCGUUCUCGGUCGCCUGGGUCGAGCCCAGCAGCUGCGUGACGACGCCCAUCCUCACCGACCGCGCCCUCCGUCCCACCAACGCCAGCACGCCGUCGCUGCUCGAGAAACAGCCCAUCCCGGACAUCGCCCUGGACGACUACAUGCACGACCCGAAGCAGCCGACCUCGGUAUCGUUGAUCGUCGGCGCCCGUCAGGGCAUGACCCGCGCGCUGUACAACGCUGCUCUGCGCGCCCCCGCCCGCACCCUCCACACCACCGGCUACAUCGAGGGCCCCUACGGCGCCCACCCCACCAACAUGGGCAGCUACGGCACCGCCGUACUCUUCUCCGCCGGCGCCGGCAUCACCCACCACGUUCUGCACGUCCGCGACCUCAUCGUCCGCGCCGCCGAGGCCCGCGUCGCCACGUGCCAGAUCUACCUCAUCUGGUCCGUCCGCAACACCGACCACCUCGUCUGGGUCCAGCAGUGGAUGGACCAGGUGCUGCGCUUGCCCGGCCGCCGCGAGCUGCUCAACGUCAAACUGUUCAUCUCCAAGCCCAAGAGCGGACGGGAUAUCGUCUCGCCCAGUGCGUCUAUCCAGAUGUUGCCCGGUCGGUGUCGCCCGCAGGUAGUGCUCGAUGAGGUGUUGCCGCGGCGCGUAGGGGCCACGGUGGUCUCGGUCUGUGGGCCCGGUGCGUUCGCGGAUGAGGUGCGUGCGGCCGCGAGGGCGAGUAUUGCAAAGGGGAUGGUGGUUGAUUUUGUGGAGGAGGCUUUUACCUGGUGA